CGCCCCCCUUUUCUUCCUGGCUGGGGGCUUUGGUACUGUGGCCAGGUCUGUUUCCUACUCCCACCCCUGGUUUUAAUGGCUGGAUUGUGGCAGCAGCUCCCUGCUGCAGGUUGUUGAGGAUCUGAUGGGGACUCGCAUCUCAGGAGCCGGAGGUGACUAAAGAAAUGUUGAACACAGUACUCUGCAAAAAAUAGCGUGUGGAUUUCUUGCACCUGAAGAACAAGAAAAGGUCUCAGACUCUGGAUACUGGCUGUGGGAUAUUUUUUAUUGUUAUUACUAUUUUUGAUUGGGUUUUUUUCCUCCCUCUUUGGAUGUGAAUUGAAGGCCAACAACAGCUGAAGUGUUGGAAUCAAGUGCAGGAGGACUCUCACCUUUUUAUUUGAAACCUUGUUUGCUGGGAUACUUUCAAGCUCUCCUUCACAGUCAUGUGGUCAUCACAGCUGCUGUUCUUCACAAUGCUCUUAACACCGUUUGCCCAUGCCUGGAUUUCUUUUAAAACAGCUUUCAGCCGUGCCCCAGUGCCCAUGGCUGUGGUCCGAAGGGAGCUGUCCUGCGAGAGUUACCCCAUCGAGCUGCGCUGCCCGGGAACAGAUGUUAUCAUGAUCGAAAGUGCCAACUACGGCAGGACUGAUGAUAAAAUCUGUGACUCUGAUCCUGCUCAGAUGGAGAAUAUCCGCUGUUAUCUGCCAGAUGCCUAUAAGAUUAUGACUCAAAGAUGCAGUAAUCGGACCCAGUGUGCGGUUGUUGCCGGCCCUGAUGUGUUUCCAGACCCGUGCCCUGGCACGUACAAGUACCUGGAAGUGCAGUACGAGUGUGUCCCUUACAAAGUGGAACAAAAAGUUUUUCUUUGCCCUGGACUGCUGAAAGGAGUUUACCAGAGCGAACACUUAUUCGAGUCUGACCACCAGUCGGGCGCCUGGUGCAAGGACCCUCUGCAGGCCUCUGACAAAAUCUACUACAUGCCCUGGACGCCAUACCGGACAGACACACUGACAGAAUACUCCUCCAAGGACGACUUCAUCGCCGGCAGGCCCACCACGACCUACAAACUCCCGCACCGGGUGGACGGCACGGGGUUCGUGGUGUACGACGGGGCCUUGUUCUUCAACAAGGAGCGGACCAGGAACAUCGUCAAGUUUGACUUGCGGACGAGGAUAAAGAGCGGGGAGGCGAUCAUAGCUAACGCCAACUACCACGACACCUCGCCCUACCGCUGGGGAGGCAAGUCUGAUAUAGACCUGGCCGUGGACGAGAACGGGCUCUGGGUAAUCUAUGCAACAGAACAGAACAAUGGCAAAAUAGUCAUUAGCCAGUUGAACCCUUACACGCUAAGGAUCGAAGGGACGUGGGAUACUGCCUACGACAAGAGGUCAGCUUCCAAUGCCUUCAUGAUCUGUGGGAUUUUAUACGUGGUGAAGUCUGUGUACGAAGAUGACGACAACGAAGCCACAGGGAAUAAAAUAGACUACAUAUAUAACACUGACCAAAGCAAGGAUAGCAUGGUGGAUGUGCCCUUUCCAAACUCCUACCAGUACAUUGCUGCUGUGGAUUAUAAUCCCCGGGACAACCUCCUGUAUGUAUGGAACAACUAUCAUGUUGUAAAAUACUCUUUGGAUUUUGGCCCGCUGGACAGCAGAGCAGGGCAGGCUCACCAUGGGCAGGUUUCCUACAUUGCCCCACCGAUCCACCUGGAUUCGGAUCUGGAGAGACCGCCAUCCAAGGGAGUAUCGACAUCGGGCGCUCUGGGCCCGGGGAGCACCACUGCCAGCACCACGCCGCGCCUGGCCACCAGCACCACCGGCCGCACCACCACCACAUCGGGCUCAGGCAGGAGGAACAGGAGCACCAGCACCCCGUCCCCCAUGGCCGAUGUCCCCGAGGAGAUGACCACCCACCUGCCGCCCGCCUCCUCCCAGCUGCCGCCCGCCGGAGCCGAGAGCUGCGACCCCAUGGAAGCCCGCGACAUUAUGUGGUCCCGGACCCGGCAGGGCCAGGUGGCGAAGCAGCCGUGUCCCUUGGGCUCCAUAGGUGUUGCAACUUUCCGGUGUCUUGCACCUGAUGGUAUCUGGGAACCCCAAGGACCUGAUCUUAGCAACUGCUCUUCACCCUGGAUCAACCACAUCACUCAAAAGAUGAGGUCGGGGGAGAUGGCUGCCAACAUCGCGCGGGAGCUGGCGGAGCACACCAGGAGCCACCUGUACGCCGGUGACAUCGCCUACUCCGUGUCCGCCAUGGUCCAGCUCGUCAACCUGCUGGACGUGCAGCUCCGCAACCUGACUCCCGGCGGGAAGGACAGCGCCGCGCGCAGCUUGAACAAGCUUCAGAAAAGGGAGCGCUCUUGCAGGGCCUAUGUCCAGGCCAUGGUGGAGACGGUGAACAACCUCCUGCAACCUCAGGCUCUGAACGCGUGGAGGGACCUGAACGCGAGCGAGCAGCAGCGCGCGGCCACCAAGUUGCUGGACACGGUGGAGGACAGUGCCUUUGUGCUGGCUGACAACCUGCUGAAGACAGACAUCGUCCGGGAGAACACUGACAACAUCCAACUGGAAGUUGCGAGACUGAGCACAGAUGGGAAUCUGGAAGAUCUGAAGUUUCCCCAGAACAUGGGCCAUGGGAGCGCCAUUCAGCUGUCAGCAAAUACCUUGAAGCAGAAUGGUCGAAAUGGUGAGAUCAGGGUGGCUUUUGUGCUGUACAACAAUCUGGGCACCUAUCUCUCCACGGAGAAUGCCAGCAUGAAGCUGGGAACAGAAGCGAUGUCGACCAAUCACUCCGUCAUUGUCAACUCCCCUGUCAUCACGGCAGCAAUAAAUAAAGAGUUCAGCAAUAAGGUUUACCUGGCUGAUCCUGUGGUGUUUACUGUCAAGCACAUCAAGCAGUCAGAAGAAAAUUUUAACCCAAACUGUUCAUUCUGGAGCUACACGAAGCGUACCAUGACAGGCUAUUGGUCCACCCAGGGCUGCCGCCUCCUGACAACUAACAAGACACACACCACCUGCUCCUGCAACCACCUCACCAACUUUGCAGUCCUGAUGGCACAUGUGGAAGUUAAGCACACUGAUGCAGUCCACGACCUGCUCCUGGACUUCAUCACGUGGGUUGGCAUCCUGCUUUCACUGGUCUGCCUCCUGAUCUGCAUCUUCACCUUCUGCUUCUUCCGUGGGCUGCAGAGUGAUCGCAACACGAUUCACAAGAACUUGUGCAUCAGCCUCUUCGUGGCAGAGCUCCUCUUCCUCAUUGGUAUCAACCGGACUGACCAGCCGAUUGCCUGUGCCGUCUUUGCUGCCCUCCUGCACUUCUUCUUCCUGGCAGCUUUCACCUGGAUGUUCCUGGAGGGGGUGCAGCUCUACAUCAUGCUGGUGGAGGUUUUUGAGAGCGAGCACUCCCGGAGGAAGUAUUUCUAUUUGGUGGGGUACGGCAUGCCUGCGCUGAUUGUGGCUGUGUCGGCAGCGGUGGACUACCGGAGCUACGGCACGGACAAAGUAUGUUGGCUCCGACUUGACACCUACUUCAUUUGGAGCUUUAUAGGACCGGCGACCUUGAUAAUUAUGCUUAAUGUCAUCUUCCUUGGGAUUGCUCUCUAUAAAAUGUUUCAUCAUACUGCCAUACUGAAACCCGAAUCUGGAUGUCUUGACAAUAUCAACUAUGAGGAUAACAGACCCUUCAUCAAGUCCUGGGUUAUAGGUGCAAUAGCCCUACUCUGCCUAUUAGGACUGACCUGGGCAUUUGGACUCAUGUAUAUUAAUGAAAGCACAGUCAUCAUGGCGUAUCUCUUCACCAUAUUCAAUUCUCUGCAGGGAAUGUUUAUAUUCAUUUUCCAUUGUGUCCUCCAGAAAAAGGUACGUAAGGAGUACGGAAAAUGCCUGCGCACACAUUGCUGUAGUGGGAAAAGUACAGAGAGUUCUAUCGGCUCAGGAAAAACCUCGGGGUCAAGGACACCUGGAAGAUAUUCCACAGGCUCACAGAGCCGGAUUCGUAGGAUGUGGAAUGACACGGUUCGAAAGCAGUCCGAGUCUUCCUUUAUCACUGGAGAUAUAAACAGUUCAGCUUCACUCAACAGAGGAGCCAUGGCUAAUCAUCUUAUAACCAAUGCUCUGCUUCGUCCUCAUGGCACUAACAACCCUUAUAAUACAUUGCUCGGGGAAUCGGCGGUCUAUAACAACCCUUCUGUCAGCAUGUACAACGCACAAGAGGGCGGAAGGACACCCAAGCAGGAGCCGGUCUUCAGGCGAGUCACCAUGGAGGACAGUGUCAUCUAGCGCCUGGGGCCCCACCAGCCUGCCCCGGCCAGCCCGUGCCAGUGCACCACCUCAGCUCCUCUGUGCCUCAGCUCACCCGUCCCUCUCUUGGGAUCGCACAACAGGAGAGGCUGGAGGAACUGGCCUCGCCCAAAGCCUCAGCAAACCCUUGCAUCCCCAAGGAGAGAACGGCCCGGCGGAGAUCCCCGCUGCCCUGUGCAUGGCAGCACCCUGGGAAGCGCCCUUGCCGUCUGGUCGCUCGUCUCUUUUUUGAAGAUGAGCAGAACAGGUGAAAAAUGUCUUCUGUAAUAAGAAAUUAGUUUCACCUGCCCCAAAUAUUAACUUUGCAACUCGGUAACACUUAAAAGAUGGCUGAGUGUGUUUAAUCCACCAUCCCAAGCCUCUCUCCAUGCUCUCAAGCUGGGCUGUAUAAAGGGGAACCUGCCAGAUCCAGGUUGCUGCUGUAAAUACAGACCUGUCAGUGCGAAGAGCCAACAAGGGAAGGACCAGAGGGACAGAGAAGUAGUCCUUACACCAGAAGAAGCUGAACAUGCCAGCAGAGUACGGUCAAGCGAAGUUGUUGCUUGUAAACAGGGACCGGCGCAUGUGUCCAGCAGCAGCUCCACUUGGCCAAAGCUUCUUGGGUGAAAGCUGCUCUGAUUUUAUUGUCUUGUGUAAAUAGAAAUAUUUUUUUGAGAAAAAAAAAUGAGCCUUAGUAUCUUGAAGAUAGCGUUUCUCAAUCAGCCCAGCUGGGGACGGAUACAUGGGAUUCCACAGGGUCUGCCUGCUGGAGGCUGGCGUGGCCUCUGGCAGCCAAGCUGUGCCGUCACUGCAGGUGCAGCAGGCACCUGAAGGAGGAUGGAACUGUCCAGCAGAGGACUCGGCAGACAUUUCUCCCUAGUCCCUGGAAACAGGGUGAACUCACUGGUCCCAUGGUCUCCGCUGGUGUAAAUACUCAGCUACAGCCCACAGAGGACUUGGACUGCUCAGUGCAGUUGUGGGACAGGGGAGGGUGGGAUGGGCAGAAAUCAUCAGCGGGAUGCAAACCCCAUCAGCGUGGUGAUCCCCAGGCUUUUAGCAUUAGUAAAAAAAAAAAAAAGAAAAAAAGAAAAGGAAAAAAACAAACCCUGAAGGCUUAUUAAUGGUGUUGGGCCAACUGUUUGGCUGGGUAAAUGAAGGCAUGCCUAGGCAUGUUCUGUGUUCAUGUCAGCCAGUGCCUGUCUGUGCAGUUCUCUGUCUGUGCAAACGCGUGUGUGGUUCGGGGGCUGCUGCAGGUCCCCGUGUCCGUGUAGCUGUGUCCGUGAGAGAGGAGAGAAAAUGGAUGUGUGUGUUGUACUGCCCUUUAUGUGCCCAAACACAUCCCAGGAGUCAUCAGUGACGCUGCUAGGUCCAGCUUUAGUAGCGUGAGUGCAGAGUAGUGUCCACACCUCUGCAGGGAAUGAGGCUGGGCAGGCAGGGGGAUGGUGUUAGCUGAGUGAGAGCUGAUAAAUCUCUGCUCUGCAUUGAGUUGUCAUCCUCUGUGCCACCCUGCCGUGGCACAGCAGUGCUCAUCUGCAAACACCACCAGCACAACAGGGCUGCACUCGAGCACGGGCACUGGCAGGAUAGCACCUCCUGGAAUUUGGACGGGAGCUUUGGGGUUUCCCUUUCAUCCUUCAUCACCCAAAGCUUACUUAUGCCUUAUUUACUCUGAGUCCAACUGUUCGGAUUCAUGCAGUGCAGGGAAAUUAGGAAAAGAGAAUGAAAUUAGAAAUUGAAAGUAGAAAAAAAAAGCCCAUACAUGAGUAGAAAAACAGUGUUUUUGAGAUUUACCCCCAAUAACUUUCUCUGGACAUGGAAGUCUCUUUUCAGCUUGGCAUUUUGCAGGAAUGCAGUGCCAAGGUCAAGUGUCUUCCCCAUGAAGAAGCCAGAUAGCAGAAACAACUUGCACUAUUUAGCACAGCAUUGGGGCCAAAGCCCCUUUACCUUUGCAAGGAAUGGGCAGUGGGCAGGCAAUCAACAGAAAUUGGAAGCUGCCUCAGAUUCCUGAGGGGUGUGGGCAUCUAGGGUGGUAAUUUGCUUGCAGUGGUCCAAGGUGAGCUGCAGGGAUAAUCUUUUCCAGUUGAAUACUUGAAUACCUCCUGUCAUCCAGCUGUGUGUGUUCCCAUUAACACCUAACAACUGCCAGUGCCAAGUGAUUUAUAUAUUUAUCAGGCCAUUUAUUUAUGUAUUAAACCAGUGCAUGGGAGGCACUGUGCUUUCAUCUGCCACAUGUGGACACCUCUUCCUUUGCCCACUUCUCCAGCCUUGUAUAAUGCCCCCAGGCAAGGUGACUGUCAUCUUGGAGAGGCUGUGGUUUCCUCCCAAGUGAUGGCUGGUAGCCUUUUUUCCAGGGAGAAAAAUAGUGAAAGAUGAGCAACACAUUCUGAUUUUGUCCUGGAAAUGUGCUGAAAGUCAGCCAGUGUAUUAAGCAAAAUAAAUAACUCCAAAAUGUUUGAGAGUUCAUGAUCUUUCACAGACAUGAGGAGACCAUUCUUAUGGUUUCUAGGGCCCCAAAGGGCAAUGCUAAAUCCUGAACCCAAGGCUUCUUAACUCUGGGGAGAUUUGAGGUACAGCCUGGGGAAAAUAUAGGGGCAGUAAUUACAGGAAGGAAGAUACUCCCUGGUUUUACUAGAUUGCAGAAAAGCAGAACUCCCCUGGGUUAGGUUGAGUCUUGGGUUUUUUUUUUCAUUGGAGCACUCACUGUUAGUUCCUCUCCCCAGACAAUCCCAUUAUCCCAUACCUUCAGCCCUUGCCUUUAUGUCCAGAAGAGUUAUUCUUGGAGGCGUUUACAACAACCUUCAAUGUUUCUCUCUCUCUCCAGCCCUAAAGAGGCUGACACCCCACAACUGACAGUUGUAAAGAUGAGCCAGACCAACCACAAGUCCUAAUAAAAAUGAUGAAUCCCAUCCACUGCAUCCAUAUCGAUGGCACGCAGGUCACACGUGGAGAUGAGCAGUGAGGAGGGGAAGGCAGAUAAUCACUGAAAAUUGUGUGUGGGAGGUGCUGUUACCAAACCCACCCGUCAGAGUUUUGAUUUAAUCCAGCCCUGAGUCAAUACCGAUUGACAUUUCACUUGCUUUCCAUAUCGUAACUGGACUUCCUUACUCCUCAGGCAUGGAAUGAAUCUUAAUACAUUGUAAUUACUGUACUCCUGGUGGUGAACCGGUAUGAAAAGCUAUCACAAAAAGCAUUAAUAAAAUGUACAUUAUGAAAAAGAACUCGGCAUUGUCUGAAAUUAAUAAUGCACCAUUUUUUUCUCAUCCACGCCUGCUCAUUACAGGCCUGCCCUUCAGUUUUCUAUUAAAAUGACUUAUUCAAACUACUUGUAUAGCUGUGUUCAGCGUGAAGUUAUCUGCUGUAGGUUUGCAUCCCAGUUAGAUGUACCGCAUGAGGACUUAUUAAUCUGUUAUAUCUUAGAGGCAUUGAUUUUGGUGACAUUUAUAUAACGCUGGUAUGACUAAAAUGAACUGAUUGAUUCAUGCGUAUGGAUUAGUUUGCCUAAGACUUUGAGGCCAGGUAGCUUUAUCAUGCACUGUAACGCCAGAAUUCAUCACUGUAUUAUUUACGAGAGACUGAACUGGCUGCAUCUCAACAACUGAAGAGAUCUUCACUGUUUUAUUUAUGUAUAAAUGUUUACUUAAUCAGCCGCCAAUUUUUGUUUAGCAGAAUUUGUUCGCAAAUGGAAAUUGUAAACGAUAACGUGGUUUAUAUUUUAAAAUUUAUAGGCUUUCAUCUAUAGCAAAAUCCAAGAUUUCCAAAGUGUCUUUGUCUACUGGCAAUCAACAAGCUCUCUUGUAUAUGCUUUCUGGUAAUUGCAAUUAGCUGCUGCAACAUUUCACAUAAAAAAACAAUGCAACCCUAACAUGGGAGAUCUGAGUGGUAGUGUGUCCACGUCAACAUAAAUACCCCAACCUUUACAAACGCUGCUGGAGGUUUAACAAAGCAACAAGGAGCCACCAGCCAGUGCAGAGGCAGGAGCUCAUGGAAAUGUGUGGUGAUUUCUGCUGCCUUGUUGUACAAGAAAAUCCCAGUUCCAGGUAAAUUGUGUCUCAGUCACAGGGGCCAUAUCCCCUUGAGGAAAGCCUGGUCAAAGGGGGCAAGGAAAACAUCUGUGCGUUGCAGCUGGGAAAGUGGCUGGGCUACAAUGCAUUUUUAAGGGUAUAACAUACCAAGGAGGCUUAAUCCCAGGUUCCCAAUCGAUGGCAUGUGUUUUCUUUGGACCAUGCUGCUUCUCCCAGGGACCAAGGAAUACAGAGACAUAAACGAUUUAUUAAAUGAAAGCAGAGACUUUCCUGUUAGGAGCCAUUUAGAAAUAUUUUUAGUGCAAAGGCACAGAAGAAGUGACAUGCUAGAGACCUAUAAAAUAAUAAGUAGUGUCCAGAGAAGGUGAAUUGAGUGCUGCAGUUCACCAUAGGUAAUACAGCAAGUGGCACUAUGUAGGGCAAUGAAGAGGUGAAGUCUUAAAUGUAGUUAUAAGUAAUGUUUCAUUACCCAUCACAGGAUUAACCCACGGACUCCCUGACCCAAUACACCAGAAAGGUGAUGUACAGUGAGCUUUAGUAAGAUAUUAUGCUGUUUCCCAGCUCAAAGAAAGAAAGGAAAAAAAAAAAAAAAGGAAAAGCAAGAAAAGCCUGUCACCUACAGUCUCUUGUUUCAGGGUCAGAAGGAAUUGCUGGCUCCCUGAGGAACUGCGGAAACACCCCUGCUGAGUCUUCAGCCAUACUUCACACUUGUGAUUUAUUUUUUUUCCCAACCAUAUUUUAUUAACAUAAAAAAUUACAAUAGUAUUAGGUAGGCGUGGAAAAUUACUUGCCAGCUGUCAGUUUGAAAAGGGGAGUAAACUUUGCAUGACAGCAUGCUGGGCUGUAUGUUCAAGAUCAUGGGAUCACAAGAUAGUGAUGCUGAGGGGUAACUGUGCCUCACAACCAUUGAACACAUCGCUGCAGAACUGGUGCCAGCAAAAAGUCCCUCUCCAUGUUUCUUUUUGGCUCCCUCAGGUACUAGAAGGCUCCAAUUACAUCACUCCUAAGCUUUCCCUUUUACAGCCCAAACUGACCAAAUUCUCUCAAUCUACAGGUCUGUUCACUAUUCCUUUAGGGCAAUCAGGAAAAGCACCUGACAAAGGCUAGGGACAAAAAAAAAAAA